CUGCAACGCGAACGGCAUGAUGAGCACUACUCUCUCUUCUCAGGCGAUAAAUAAAAAAGGCAGCCUGAAUCAGAACAGCAAGAAGAAACAGAUCGAGAUUCAAGAUUCAAGACCAGAAAAAAUAAGACAUUAAUUAGCAUUUAGCAAGAAGAACAGCAAGAGAUCAUACGAAUAGAUCAUAUAUGCAGCAGGCAUGGGGCAGUCUCUGAGGAAGCUGUUCGACAGCUUCUGCACAAAGGAGAUGAAGGUUCUGAUGCUUGGGCUGGACGCUGCUGGGAAGACGACGAUACUGUACAGGCUGCACAUCGGCGAAGUUCUCUCGUCCAUACCCACAAUCGGGUUCAAUGUGGAGAAGGUGGAGUACAAGAACGUGGCGUUCACGGUGUGGGACGUGGGAGGGCAGGACAAGCUGCGCCAUCUAUGGAGGCAAUACUUCAGCAACGCCGACGCCCUGGGAAAGGAUGGGAGUAGCCAAGGAGGAGUUCCAGGGCAUCAUCAGCGACCCUCUCAUGCUCAACAGCGUCAUCCUCGUCCUCGCCAACAAGCAGGACCUGAAAGGGGCGAUGAGUUCGUCGGAGGUGUGCCAGCGGCUGGGGCUGUACGAGCUCAAGAACCGGAGGUGGCACGCGCAGGGAGCCUGCGCGCUCACCGGCGACGGCCUCCACGGCGGCCUCGACUGGCUGGCGUCCACGCUCCGGGACGCCCACACGUGGGGCGCCUCCGUCCGCUUCUAGCAACUCCACACCUACUCCAUCGGCGUCGCCGGUGGCCUCCUCAAAUUCUUCGUGUUGAGAUUUCGGAAGCUCGAUUGAUCAUCGCUGUAUUGUUCUGAAUUUUGAAGAAGAAAAGGCAAACACAGACAGAAGAGUUCAGAGAUUAUCCUCGUAUUCAAUGUAUAAGCCAUUCUUGAAUUAGGAAUGAUACAGACCUUUUGGAAUAAUUGUGUUUUUGACCCUGUUUUGAAGUCUAAAUACUAAUUUGAUCUCGUUUCG